AUGAACUUUCCGACGAAGGAACAGAUUCAGCAAGCGAUCGAUGGCUAUAUCUCGAGUCUGGUCACGCCCCUUCGAGAGUUGAAUCAGAAAAUUCAUGAGGCUCCAGAGUUGGCAUAUGAAGAGCACAAGGCUCACGAUGUAAUCUGCAAUUUUCUUCAGUCGCAGGGAAUACCGACAACCCGCCACGCUUAUGGUCUCUCUACUGCAUUCGAAGCCCUCGUUGGCAGAACUCCUGGUCGCUGUAUCAACUUCAAUGCCGAAUAUGACGCUCUACCAGAGAUUGGGCACGCAUGUGGCCAUAAUCUGAUUGCUACAGCCAGUGUCACAGGGUUUGUGGCACUGGCAUUCGUGAUACGAAGAUUCGGGCUGCCUGGCCAAGCCCAAUUAUUGGGGACGCCAGCGGAGGAAGAUGGCGGGGGAAAGAUCGAUCUGAUCCAGGCCGGAGCUUAUAGACUGCCCGAUAUUUCAUUGAUGAUGUAUACUAACAUCCACAGGCACCCUGUGUCCGAGGAGGAAUUCACGGCUCACGGCGUCCAUGGAAUUGGCGGACGCUCGUCUAUCUCGUGCUACGACCUUAUCGCGGUCUACAAGGGUGUGAGCGCACAUGCAGCCGACAGUCCAUGGGAUGGUGUCAAUGCGCUUGAUGCUGUUGUGUCGGCGUACAAUAACAUUUCAAUGCUGCGACAGCAGAUUCAGCCCACGGAGAGAAUCCAUGGAGCCAUCCUACAGGCGCCGACCAUCACAAACGCUAUACCCGAAUUGACUCGAGUGAAGUACACGAUUCGUAGUCCGACUGUUGAAAGGACGAGAGCGCUGGGUGCUCGUGUGAGGAGAUGUCUCGAGGCAGGGGCCCUAGCGACAGGAUGCGAGAUUGAGCUUGAAGAAACUCGUUUAUACGCCAAUCUAGUCGUGAACGCACCCUUAUGCAAGGCUUUCCAGGAAUAUAUGGGCGACCAAGGAGAACAGAUAUGGAGUUCCGAUGACACCCCAGUGAGCGCGUCCACAGACCAGGGUAAUGUUUCACAUAUCGUUCCGGCUCUCCACGCAAUCAUCGGGAUUCCGGUCAAGGAAGGAGCAAGAAAUCACACGCACCAGUUCACGUUCGCUGCUGGAACCGAUGAGGCGCACAACAGGACGAUCACCGCAGGCAAAGCUUUGGCAAUGACCGGGUGGAAAGUGCUCAUGGACGACGAAUUCUAUCAAGACGUGAAGGCUGCAUUUACAACAGACAGGCAAAUGUAG